AUGGCGGAUCCGGAGCGAGAAUGGGUGCCGCCUCCACGAAUCGAAGAACUCUACGCAAGGACAGCUGGGAACCAGUUUGCCGGCAUCAAUCGCCCCACAAGUGGGCCACGGUAUGAGGCAGACUUGGUGAAGGGUGCGGCUCCGCUGCAGCUGUAUUCGCUCGCAACUCCCAACGGCUGGAAAGUGGGCAUUCUUCUAGAGGAGCUCGGAGUGAGCUACGAUGCCCACGUGGUCAACAUAGGAGCUGGACAGCAGUUCAGCUCUGGCUUUGUAGGUGCAAACCCCAAUUCCAAGAUUCCAGCUUUGAUAGAUCACAGUGGCCCAGAUGGCAAAGCCAUAGCUGUGAUGGAGGCCGCUGCGAUCAUGAUCUACCUUGUCGAGAAGCAGGGAUCCGACUUCUACCCAGAGGACGCGAGGCUUCGCUGCGAGUGCUUGCAGUGGUUAUUCUGGCAAACUGGUGGACAGGGGCCAAUGACUGGGAACUUCGGUCACUUCAAAGUGUAUGCACCUGCAAGUGAAGUGGAUGCUCGCAACUACGGCGUUGCUAGAUACGGCAUGGAGGUUCAGAGAAUUUGCUCAGUUCUGGAUCGGCACCUCGCAGGCUAUGGGGAUUUCACCGGCAACCCGGGUCUGCGAUGCCAAGGCCCUCGGCAGUACCUCGUUGGCGACACCUAUAGCAUCGCCGACAUGGCCUGCUUUCCCUGGGCCUUCAUGUUGUGGGGCAAGGGUUACAAUCGCCCCGGACAGCCAGAUGCGAAGGACUUUCUGAAUGUGCACCAGUACGCUCACCUCAAAGCUUGGGUUGACCGCAUAGCAGAAAGACCAGCGGUGCAGCGUGGCAUCCGAGUUUGUGCCGGUUCCCCGAAGCCAUGGCUGAAGAAGGAGACCAGCAAGUCCAGGUUGUAG